AUGCAAUUAAGCAGAAUAUGUACAAGAAAUGGUGGCCAACUCCAAAGAAGGUGCUACUCAAGCAAGAAAGACUUACAUCUAUCACUAGCAGAAAAGUUGAGAAAAGCUACAAAUAGACAAUCUAGAAAUGAAGAAGAUACACCAAAAUAUCCAUCUACUAGAAUGAAUAAACCACUGGGAAGUCUAUUAAACAAGCCAAUAAAUAUUGAAUCUUUAAGAUCAGCUUCAAAAACUUCCGAACCUUCAAAUGGUAUUCCAAGAAGCAGAGAUUCACUAUACCAAAGAAAUCAAAACGGACCAAGAAGACCACCAUUCAAUAAUGAUGGGUUUGAUCCAAGAAGACCAUCGUUUAAAAGGGAUAAUAACAGAGCUCCAACAGGAAGAGGUUCAGGAGAGAGAACAAGUGGUAACCCAUUUUACAAAAGAGGUCCACCACCUCCUCCACAGAUUGAAAUUCCAACUUGGGAAUAUGGUACUGAUUUAGAAAAAGAAUACAUGAAUGAAGUUUUCAAAAACAUUUAUGAGAUCAAUAAAGAAGGUCUGGUUAUUUUCAUCAACCAAGAUGGUAAACUUGAGAAUGGUACAAUCUUAAACUAUAUUGAUUCAGUUCCUACUGAUUCUGUGCUGGGUGUUGCAGAUAUUCAAGAACAAGGAAUUGAAAAAGUUGCAUUAGUUAAAAUUUAUGAAAGACGUGGUAAAUUAAAAGAAUUCUCUGAUAAAAAAGCUGAUGAGAUUACAAAACAAUUUGGUAGAACAAGAAAGAAUAAAAGAGAUGCAAGUUUAAAGAAUAUUAAAGUUUCUUGGGAGAUUUCUCAAAGUGAUUUGGAUAAUCAAAAAGCAAGUGAAAUAUUGACUCAGUUGAAAAAAGGCUUCAAAUUGCUGCUAGUUGUUGGUGAGAAGAGAGUUAUUGGGCGUAAGACUUUCUUUAACAAACUUCAUAGACGUGAAGAAGAAGAAGAAGAACAGGAACAGGGACAGGAGGAAGAAGAAGAAAUUGAAAAUUAUGAAGAAGAGAAGGAAGUAUUUGAAGAUUUGAAUCCUUAUGAAGAAUUGAGAAGAACAAAAGUUUUGGAUCAAGUGAAGGCAAUGCUUGAAGGAAAUGCCACAUAUACAAUCAAAGGUGAUAUUAGAUCAAGAGUCUUGAUAAGUGCAGAACCUACUGGUAAAACAGAAGGUACAAAAGAGGAGGUUGUUGAUGAAAAAAAGAAACUGAAGGAACAAAAAAAAUUGGAAAGACAAAUGAAAGAAAAGCUUCGUCAAGAAAAGAAAAAGGCAAAAAUGGAAAGUAAAAAGAGUAAAGUUAGCCAUAUUUUAGAAGCUCAACAAAAUGAUGAAUGA